CUCUCUCAUUGAGCCGCUCUCUCUCUUUCUAAGUAUUAUUCGGUCUCCCGUGUAUAUAUGUAGACGGUAACCGGAGCUCACAGUGGCACAGACUCUGUUGUCGCCUUUGCGCCAUGGAGGACUGCUGUUCCCAGGAAAGCGAGAGGAUGGAAGCGUGGCUGGACGACCACUUAGUGUUCACCCACUCCUAUUUUAUCAGGAAGGCGUCAAGGGAGAUGGUGAAUGCCUGGUUUGCUGAGCGCGUCCACUCCAUCCAGCCAUCUGCCUCCAAAGAAAGUCCUCCACAGCAGUGGGCCCACCAGUCCUCCACAGAACCAAGCCCCCUCUCUGUCUCCACCAUACUUCUACCCACCCUGAGCCUCCUGGAUAACCGCUGCCCAUCCCCAGUCCCUAGCCCGGCCCCCGGCACCCCGACUCGCAAAAUCUCAGCAUCCGAGUUCGACCGCCCACUCAGACCCAUCGUGGUAAAAGACUCUGAGGGCUCUCUGACGUUUCUGAUCGACGCUGACCGCGAAACUGUCCCUCUCCGUGGCUCAGUGAUGGGUGAAGGUGAUGUCGGUGGGGGAGGUAAUGGAGGUGGAUGCAGCGGGUCAGGUAGUGGCGGGGGUGACCGCUGCGCCAGGCUGCUGGAGCUGGUGAAGGAAGUGUCGAGUUAUCUGGAUGUGACAGCACUCUGCCACAAGAUCUUUCUCCACAUCAAUGAGCUAAUCGCUGCUGAUCGCUACUCACUGUUCUUGGUGUGCGAAGACAGCUCCAACAGGAAGUUCUUGGUCAGCCGCCUGUUUGACGUAGCCGAGGGAUCCACACUGGAGGAGUCCUCCAGUAGCUGCAUUCGGCUGGAGUGGGACAAGGGCAUUGUAGGACAUGUAGCCGCCACGGGACAGCCACUCAAUAUCAAGAACGCUUACGAGGAUCCCAGGUUCAAUGCUGAGGUGGACCUGAUCACAGGUUACAAAACCCAGAGUAUCCUUUGCCUUCCCAUCAAGAACCACAGAGACGAGGUAGUUGGAGUGGCUCAGGCCAUCAAUAAAAAAUGUGGGGAGGACAGUGCCUUCACUGAACAGGAUGAAAAGGACUUCUCAGCCUAUUUGGCCUUUUCAGGCAUCGUCCUGCACAAUGCUCAGCUCUACGAGACAUCGCAGCUGGAAAACAGACGCAAUCAAGUGCUGUUGGACCUGGCAAGUCAGAUCUUUGAGGAGCAGCAGUGUCUGGAGGUUUUACUGAGGAAGAUUGCAGGAACCAUCCUGUCCUUUAUGCAGGCCCAGGCUUGUACAGUCUUCAUCGCUGACGAUGACUCCAUGAACUCCUUCUCCAGUGUCUUUCACAUGGAAUAUGAGGAGCUGGGUGAAGUCCUAAACACCCCAAAAAGGGACCGUGAUGUCAGUCAGAUUAACUACAUGUACGCCCAGUGUGUUAAAAACACCAUGCAGCCUCUCAACAUUGCAGACGUAACCAAGGAUCAACGCUUCCCUUGGACGAGGGAAAACCCAGACCACACCAGCAACCAGAUAAAGAGUUUGCUCUGCACUCCCAUCAGGAAUGGCAAGAAGGACAAAGUCAUAGGUGUAUGUCAGUUGUUAAACAAGAUGGAUGAAGCAUCUGGCAGUGUUAAGGCCUUCAACAGGAAUGAUGAGCAGUUCCUGGAGGCAUUUGCCAUCUUCUGUGGUCUCGGUAUUCAGAACACACAGAUGUACGAAACAGUGGAGAGAGCCAUGGCCAAGCAAGAGGUCACUCUGGAGGUCUUGUCAUAUCACGCCUCUGCCGCAGAGGAAGAAUCACAGGAACUCCAGGUAACCGCGGUAGCCACAGUGCCGUCAGCGCAGUCGUUGUGUCUUCUGGACUUCAGCUUCAGUGACUUUGAUUUGUCAGACACGGAAACCACGCUGGCUACUAUUCGUAUGUUUGUCGACCUCAACCUGGUCCAAAACUUCCAGAUGAAGUACACGAGUUUAUGCCACUGGAUUCUGAGUGUGAAGAAGAACUACAGGAAGAAUGUGGCUUAUCACAACUGGAGACACGCCUUCAACACCGCCCAGAGCAUGUUUACCCUACUGAAGUCAGGACGCUUACAGAAUAACCUGAACGAUCAAGAGGUCUUGGCUUUAAUGAUUGCAACUCUAUGCCACGAUAUGGACCACAGAGGAGUCAACAAUUCCUACAUACAGAGGAGUGACCACCCACUGGCCCAGCUCUACUGCCACUCCACCAUGGAGCAUCAUCACUUCGACCAGUGCCUCAUGAUCCUCAACAGCUCUGGAAACCAGAUCCUGAGCGGUCUCUCCCUGGAUGAGUACAAGGCCACUCUGAAAAUGAUCAAGAGGGCUAUUCUGGCCACUGACCUGGCCCUGUACAUGAAAAGGCGUGGAGAAUUCUUUGAGCUUACCAAGAACAGCCAGUUUGUGUGGGAGGACGAACAUCACAGAGAUUUACUGAGGUCAAUGCUGAUGACUGCAUGUGACAUCUCAGCCAUCACCAAGCCCUGGCCAGUGCAAAAAAGGAUUGCGGAGCUGGUCGCCACUGAGUUCUUCGAACAAGGGGAUAAGGAGAGACGAGAGCUGAACGUUGAACCCAUUGAUCUGAUGAAUCGUGAGAAAAGAGAUAAGAUUCCCAGCAUGCAGGUGUCCUUCAUUGAUGCCAUCUGCACUCAGUUAUAUGAGACCUUGGCUGGGAUGUCGGAAUAUUGCUCCCCGUUGUUGGAAGGAUGUCAGAAAAACAGGCAGCAUUGGAAGUGUUUGGCUGAGGAGUGCGAGAAGGGGUUGAUGUGAUCCCAACACAAGUUUGGUUUUCAACCAACAUACAUUUCCAUGGUUCCCCCUGGCCAUUAGCAUGAUUUUUAAAACGACCAAUAGGAUGCUUGGUGUACAAAAAGGGGUCAAGAAAUUUCCCAAGUAAAGAUUAUCUUUUGAAAAAACCCAUUAGAUUUGGUUUGAUAGUAAAAGGUCAGAUUCAGCAACCUUAGAGCAGGUUCAUGUGCCAAUUUUUACAAAGAGUUUUUAUAACACAUAACACAUUUUCGUAGGUUUGACCACCCUUCCUAUCUGUUAUAAUAAGGUUUGUACUCACUAAGUUAAUUACUCAGAUCUAUACAAGACUAAGAGCCAUGCUAGCAGCCAGGCUGUCAGAGACAGCAGUGCUUUGAGUUGGAUUCUUACACAAGCAUGCUAUCAGGAUCACAAGGCCAAUGCUAGCAUGCUGAUGUUUAGCAUUUAGUGUUGUGGUACGGUAUAGCCUAAUGUUUCCCGUGUUCUUAGUGUAGCGUUUUAGCAUGUUAUCCAGCUAAUUGGCACUACAGCUGAUUAUGAUGGGAAUUUUAUUAGUUCUGCAAGCAUUUAGUCAUUAACCAAAGUAUUGCGACAGGAAGGGGAUCACGAAAGUCAUUAGAAUUAGUCCUCUGGGAACCAUAAACGUCUGUACAAAUGUCAUGGCAAUCAAGUAGAUGUUGAGAUAGGCUACUGCAAUCAGGACAAAAGGAUGGACCAAUUGAUAGACCGACAUUGCCAUCCAUGCCGCUAGGAAACGCUAAAAAGUUCCUUUGCGACAUGAAAGUGGUGUGCUGUUAGCUAAUUUUAAGGAUAACCUUUAGCCUAACACAACCCCAUUUGGUGAAUAGAAAACAAAGGUGAACUAAUUAUUAGCCAAAAUGUAUGUUGUAAGAACCCAUCACAGUUAAAUUUACUGUACUUACUGUAGUUUCGUGCAAUGGGGGAUUUUUAUACAGCAUUUCUUUUUGUCGCGUAAUCACUAACAGAUUUACUCCAAAAGAAAUGGUUUGGUUAAUCUGGCUAAACUGUUGGCUUGUUCCGAUCAUCUAACAGUAAAAGAAUCUAAAAAAAAUCUAAAGUGAAAUGUUACAUAACUCCCAUGAAAAACAGGUUAGAAUGAUGUGUAACUUUGCGCUCAUGACACAUAAUCCUUUGUUUCAGAGGUCACGCUCAUUUCGGCAAACUUUGUGAGUCUUCCUGUCGUCACCAUUUAUUCAGCCAUUCGUUUCGUGGCUGUCACUCACCAGAGUAAACUAAGCACUAAGUUAUAUUUAUUACAAUAGUCAUUUUUAUUUUUGCACUGAGUGACUUCCACCUUAAAGUCUCACUUACACUUUCACAGGUAGUACAUUUUAGGGGAACACUGAAUGGUGAGACAUAGAUCCCUUGGGAUCAGCACCAGUACAGUGAAAUACAGAUAUUGUACUGUAGACUAUUAUACUAUAUAAUUUACAUAGUCUCACAAUAGUCUGAUAAACUUGUUAAGAAUGUCUUUAUUCACAGCAUACACACUACAAGGGUUUGAGUCUUUUGUAACAUUCUUUUCACUCAUUGUCAUAACUAUUGUAUAUUUAUUUUUGUUUUAUAUUUAUUAGAGUUUCGAUAUUGUAAUGUCAUUCUUCGUCAAGAGCACACAAUUAUUUAUUUAGUUAAAAUCCUUUAAAAAAUCCUUUCUCUGCAUUAUUUAAAGACCUUUCUUUGGAACUCUUUCAGAUGACUUUUGGAAAUAUACUGUUUUGUGUUUUUUUUUCAAAAUCUAAAAGGUCAAUGACUAGGCCUGCAAUUUCAAAGGGAAAUGGGUCGUCAUUUUCCGCUGCCUUGUUGUGAUAAAAUAGGACCAAUUCAAAGAAUUGCCAGAUCAGACAGUGUUAUGAUUUACUACUUUGACGUCUCUUGCAUUUCAGGCAACAGAACAUUAACUGAACUUUGCUGAAAACCAACACAUAUCAUGGUGUCAUCUAGUUCUGGUAUACUGUAAUUCAUAAAGACUGUUGAAUUGAAUAGAAUCUAAUGCAAGCUCCUUUUAUUGAAUUGAUGUACACGAAAUUCACCAAGAGUGAAAAGAUUGGCCAAAAGAGUACAGCCAGGUUUAAUUAAAUUAGUUCUCUCCAUUUAAAAAUAUUUAAGAAAGUAUCAGGGCUGUAAGCAUUACACUGGUUGUUUAAAAUAACACCUAAUCAAAUGAACAAAAACCAUUGAGGCACUGCUAUACAAUAGUUACAAAAUUUGAGUAGUCUACAAUCCAUUCAGAAAGUAAAGGUAAUAGUACUGUAAUGUGAACGUGUAGGGGUCCGAAUACCUUCUGGCCAAAUGUUCAACUGAUUUCAACUCAGAGCUGUUGAAAUCUAUUAGGUUUUCUUAUCAAUUAGAAGUAGCCUGUGUUGAAAGUUUUAAACAUGCUGGGAGGUAAGUUGAGGGUGUACUUAUCCUUUAACUAACUGUUGGAAUAAGUUGUUUUAUUGAAGCAUAAGUUAAACGGCAACAUUUCAAGUUAAAGUAACUGAAAAGUUUCAUUAUAAACAUAAGGUCAAGCAGGGUCCUGCCUCAAGUGCAAUGUGUCUGCCCAGGCUGUUAUACAAGGUAAAACGUAAGCUUAGUAUUCAUCGCACACUAACAGGUGCCACCCAGGUGCAUUUUAUUAACAGGUUUGACAGCCCUGUCUUAACUAAAGCACUUUUGUAGGUGCACAUGCUCAGAAGGAUAAUAUUUGUAUCAGUGGCCGUUUUGUAUCUUGAAUAUGUCUCUGGGGCUGUAAUACACGUGCCUGUUGCCUCCCCUGUGUUUCUUCAAAUAACUAAAUGUCUAUUUCCUUAAUGCUUUAUUUUGUUGCAUGUAUAUUAGAGGACAUUACACCAGUAAGUUUUUUUUUUUUUUAGAUAAGAGACUUGUGGGUGUCUACUGCAAGUGAGACAAUGUAAUAUGCUGAAAUGAUACCAUUAUGAAGGUGUUCCACAUCUGCAACUGUUGACAUCACUAAACACUGUGAGCCAAGUAAAUUGUAUGUCCCAUUAAAGAAUAAUGCCUAUU